AUGGCUGCAGAAGGAGCCAGGUGUGAAAUAUGUCAGGUGGAAGUGUCAAAAUACAAGUGUCCAAAGUGCCAGAUCCGUUACUGCUCCCUUAAAUGCUUCAAGUCCGAGGCCCAUAGCCACGAGAACCUCCCAGAGGCGGCCAGGCCGGAGGCGCCAGCGGUGCUAACGGCAAAACCCCCUGAAAUCACCUCGGGGUUUGAUAAACUCUUGAAAGACAAGAAACUCCUCUACAUGUUGCAAUUCGCGUCGUUGAAGACGCAUUUGUCGACCAUCCUCGCCAUCAUGAGCGACGCGGCUAUUGCGAACGAGCCCACGGCGGAGGGUCGUAGAGAGAUCGCCAAUAAGAAGUUGUGCGACUUGCGGGUUGGUGGCCCGGAAGAAAACUCACUCGUCGAGGAGUUUUGCAGUCGGGUGAUUGAAUUAAUGGAGCAUUAG